AUGGGUGAGGGAGAGGUGGGCAUCAAGGACUUCUGCCCGCACGUGGGCGCGCCGGGCGCGGGGGCGCAGUGCCAGCGCUGCGACGCCGCCGACCCCGAGCGCCACCACAACGCCUCCUACCUCACCGACUUCCACAGCCAGGACGACAGCACCUGGUGGCAGAGCCCGUCCAUGCUCUUCGGCGUGCAGUACCCCACCUCGGUCAACAUCACCCUCCGCCUGGGGAAAGCGUAUGAGAUCACCUACGUGAGGCUGAAGUUCCACACCAGUCGCCCCGAGAGCUUCGCCAUCUACAAGCGUAGCCGCGCCAGCGGCCCGUGGGAGCCCUACCAGUACUACAGCGCCUCCUGCUGGAAGACCUACGGCAGGCCCGAGGGCCAGUACCUGCGGCCCGGCGAGGACGAGCGCGUGGCCUUCUGCACCUCCGAGUUCAGUGACAUCUCCCCGCUGAGCGGGGGCAACGUGGCCUUCUCCACCCUGGAGGGCCGGCCCAGCGCCUACAACUUUGAGGAGAGUCCCGUGCUGCAGGAGUGGGUCACCAGCACUGAGCUCCUCGUCUCCCUGGACCGGCUCAACACUUUUGGGGAUGACAUCUUCAAGGACCCCAAGGUGCUGCAGUCCUACUACUAUGCCGUGUCUGACUUCUCUGUGGGCGGCAGGUGCAAGUGUAACGGGCACGCCAGCGAGUGCAGCCCUGACGAGGCGGGCCGGCUGGCCUGCCGCUGCCAGCACAACACCACGGGCGCGGACUGCGAGCGCUGCCUGCCCUUCUUCCAGGACCGCCCAUGGGCCCGGGGCACGGCUGAGGCCGCCAACGAGUGUCUGCCCUGCAACUGCAGCAGCCACUCGGAGGAGUGCACAUUUGACCGGGAGCUCUUCCGCAGCACGGGCCACGGCGGGCGCUGCCUCCGCUGCCGUGACCACACGGCUGGGCCGCACUGUGAGCGCUGCCAGGAGAACUUCUAUCGCUGGGACCGCCGGAUGCCAUGCCAGCCCUGUGACUGCCACCCAGCAGGCUCCCUGCGCCUCCAGUGCGAUGACUCGGGUACCUGCGUCUGCAAGCCCACGGUGACGGGCUGGAAGUGUGACCGCUGCCGGCCGGGGUUCCACUCACUCAGUGAGGGCGGCUGCAGACCCUGCACCUGCAAUCCCGCUGGCAGCCUGGGCACCUGUGACCCCCGCAGUGGGCACUGCCCCUGCAAAGAGAAUGUGGAAGGCAACCUGUGUGACAGAUGCCGCCCGGGGACGUUCAACCUGCAGCCCCACAAUGCAGCCGGCUGCAGCAGCUGCUCCUGCUAUGGACACUCCAAGGUGUGUGCGGCCGCCGCCGGGUUCCGGGCUCACCACGUCCUCUCCAACUUCCGCCAGGGAGCCGAGGGCUGGCGGGCCGGAAGCAUGGGGGGCCCAGAGCAUCCGGCACGAUGGAGCCCAGGGGGGAUCCUCCUGAACACAGAAGAUGAGGAGGAGCUCAUAGCGCCAGAGAAGUUCCUGGGAGACCAGCGGUUCAGCUAUGGGCAGCCCCUCACACUGACCUUCCGGGGCCCCCCUGGGGGCUCUCCGCUCCCCGUGCAGCUGAGGCUGGAAGGGGCAGGCCUGGCCCUGUCUCUGCGGCACUCCAGCCUGUCCAGCCCCCAGGACGCCGGGCAGCCGGGGGAGGUACAACUUGAGUUCCAGCUGCAGGAGACCUCCGAGGACGUGGCCCCUCCGCUGCCGCCCUUCCACUUCCAGCGACUGCUCGCCAAUCUCACCGCCCUUCGCAUCCGGGCCAGCGGCCGAAGCCCACGCCCUUCUGGCCAGGUGUUCCUGAUGGAGGUCCGGCUCACGUCGGCCCAGCGGGGGCUAUCCCCUCCAGCCUCCUGGGUGGAGACCUGCUCAUGUCCCAAGGGGUACAGGGGCCAGUUCUGUGAAUCCUGUGCCCUGGGUUACAAGAGGGAGAUACCGCUAGGGGGUCCUUAUGCCAACUGUGUUCCCUGCACCUGUAACCAGCAUGGCACCUGUGACCCCAACACAGGGGUCUGCCUGUGUGGCCACCACACCGAGGGCCCAUCCUGUGAGCGCUGCUUGCCAGGUUUCUAUGGCAACCCCUUCGCAGGCCAAGCCGACGACUGCCAGCCCUGUCCAUGCCCUGGCCAGUCAGCCUGCACGACCAUCCCAGAGAGCACAGAGGUGGUGUGUACCCACUGCCCCCUGGGCCAGAGAGGGCGGCGCUGUGAGAUCUGUGAUGAUGGCUUCUUCGGGGACCCACAGGGGCUCUCUGGGGCCCCCCAGCCCUGCCAGCAGUGCCAGUGCAGCGGGAAUAUAGACCCCAACGCCGUGGGCAACUGUGACCCCCUCUCUGGCCACUGCCUGCGUUGCCUGCACAACACGACAGGUGCCCACUGUGAGCGCUGUCAGGAAGGCUUCUAUGGGAGCGCCCUGGCCCCUCGGCCCGCAGACAAAUGCGUGCCCUGCAGCUGCAACCCGGGGGGCUCAGUCAAUGAGCUGAGACCCUGCGACCCAGUGACCGGCCAGUGCUCCUGCCUGCCUCAUGUGACCAGACGGGACUGUGGCCACUGCAGCCCCGGCUUCUACGACCUCCAGCCUGGGAGGGGCUGCCGGAGUUGCAAGUGCCACCCGCUGGGUUCCCAGGAGGACCAGUGCCACCCUGAGACUGGGCAGUGCCCCUGUCGCCCAGGCAUCGAGGGCCAGGCCUGCGACAGAUGCCAGCUGGGAUUCUUUGGCUUCUCCAUCAAGGGCUGCCGGGCAUGCAGGUGCUCCCCGCUGGGCGCCGCCUCGGCCCAGUGCCACGAGAACAGCACCUGUGUGUGCAGGCCCGGCUUCGUGGGCUACAAGUGUGACCGCUGCCAGGACAACUUCUUCCUCACGGCUGGCGGGACACACUGCCAGGAGUGCCCGUCCUGUUACGCCCUGGUGCAGGAGGAGGUUGCCAAGCUGAAGACCACGCUGACCCUGAUGGAGGGGUGGCUGCAGGGGUCUGACUGUGGCAUACCCUGGGGACCACUGGACAUUCUACAGGGAGAGGCUCCACGGGGGGAUGUCUACCAGAGCCACCACCUGCUGCAAGGGGCCUUUGUGGAGCGGGUGACAGGCCUUGAGGUUGCUGUGAAGGCUGCCCGGGAGCAGCUGCGGGUGCUGAGCAGGAAUGUACACUGUGCCCAGGCUGGGGCUGAGAAGACCUGCAUCCAGCUGGCAGACCUAGAGGCAGCGCUGGAGACCUCGGAAGAGGAGAUUCUGCACGCAGCCACCGUCCUUGCGUCUCUGGUGGUCCCUCAAGAAGGGCCUGGCCAGCCCACCAACUGGAGCCACCUGGCCACAGAGGCCCGUGCCCUCGCCAGGAGCCACAGGGCCACCGCUGCCAAGAUCGAGGCCACUGCUCGGAGGGCCCUGCUUGCCUCCAACACCAGUUAUGUGCUUCUCUGGAGUCUGCUGGAGGGCAGAGAGGCCCUGGAGGCCCAGCAGGAGCUGGAGGACAGGUACCAGGAGGUGCAGGCGGCCCAGAAGGAGCUGGGCACGGCUGUGGCAGAGGUGCUGCCCGAAGCUGAGAGGGUACUGGCCGCCGUGCAGCAAGUCGGCACAGACGCAGCCCUGCGCCCGGCCUCGCUGGCUCUCCCUGCGGCACUGCCUCCGAAGUCCCGGGCCGGGGACCUGGACCUGAAGGGGCAGGCUCUGGAAGCGACAGUCGCAUCGAGAGAGCGCAUGGUCACCGAGGCUGCCCGGGCCCUCCAGGCCACCGCCCAGGCCGUGCUGCGCAAGGCGGAGCCCCUCACGCAGCUGCACCAGGAGGCCAGAGCCGCCCUGACCCGGGCUUCCUCAUCCGUCCAGGCUGCCACAGUGACUGUCAUGGGAGCUAGGACCCUCCUGGCUGACCUGGAAGGAAUGAAGCCGCGGUUUCCUCUGCCGGAGGACCAGGCCGCGCUGAUGAGGAAGGCAGGCAUCGUCCGGGACAAGAUUCUUGCAGACUCGAGAAAGAAAACCAAGCAGGCGGAGAGGAUGCUGGGAAACGCGGCGUCUGUCUCCUCCAGCGCCAAGAAGAAGGGCAGGGAAGCCGAGCUGUUGGCCAAGGACGGUGCCAAGCUCACCAAGACCUUGCUGAGGGAGGUGAAGCAGGAAUACCGCCGUGCUGGCCGGCUGUCCAGCCAGACCCAGGUGACGCUGCGACAGGCCUCCCGCCAGGUGCUAGCCUUGGGGGCACGCAGACAGGAGCUGGAGGGAGCUGAGCCGGUGGGUGCCGGGCUGAGCAAGAUGGAGCUACAGAUCCGGGAAUCGCGCAUCUCCCUGGAGAAGGACAUCCAGGCCUUGUCGGAGCUGCUUGACAGGCUGGGGUCGCUGGACACCCAUCAAGCCCCAGCCCGGGCCCUGAACGAGACCCAGCGGGCACUGGAGCGCCUGAGGCUGCAGCUGGGCCCGCCGGGGACCCUGCAGGGGAAACUGAGGCUGCUAGAGCAGGAGUCCGAGCAGCAGGAGCUGCAAAUCCAGAGCUUCGAGAGCAACCUUGCUGAGAUCCGCGCCGACAAGCAGAACUUGGAGGCCAUCCUUCACAGCCUGCCCGAGAGCUGUGCCAGCUGGCAGUGAGGGCUGCCCAGACCCCUGCUGUGUCCCGGCCUGGGGCAUGCACACACCCCCAGGUGCACCCAUGCAGGCACACCCCCAGAGCCUGCUGCUGCGUCCCCUCCUGAGUGAAUACUCACCCACCCUUCCAAGUCCAUGCCCAUAUCCACCUCCGGACCAGCAGGCGUGAGUGUGCACUGCCACCAUGCACUCAUAAACAUGCACACCCCAAUGCCAGUGACACAUACACGUGCACAUGUACACGUUGCAGACACAUGCCUGUGUGUGUGAUGCACAUAUGCAUACAAGCCCAUCUGUGUGCAUGCACACACGUAUCAGUCAGUCCACACCCACUUAUGGAGUGCCAGCUCUGUGCUGUACCCCCUCUGGAUGCUGGAAGAGUUAUAUCAGAUCCCUCGUGACGCUAACGUCCUCACUCCUGCUCUUGAAAGUGGGGACCCAGGCAGGGUUGGUACUUGGGAGGCUGAGGGGGCCAGCCCACGGGGGGGUGGGGUUCAACAAGAGCCAGAGCCCCCAGUCCCAGAGCUGCCCUGUGUCCCACUGCAGCCUCCCCAGCUGUCACCCGCCACACACACCCAGCAACUGCACAACUGAGGGACCAGGCAGGCCAAGAAACACAAGAUCCUAGGGAGUUCUCAGCAGAGGAACCUGAGGCCCAGGACUCCUGGGACCAUGGUGCAGCCUGCUGGGCUGGCCAGGGGCAUGGCACACCCCUGCAGGGGUAUCACUGGCUUCAUGGAAUACUUCAUUCUCAGGAUCCUGGGACUGGGCCAGACUCGCUGAAGGAAUCCCCUGCCCUGGGCCCGGUGCCCCUUUCAAAUGGCGGCCUGCCAGAGAGCUGGGCCUCAAGGGCCUGGGGGGCCGGAGGGCCGUGGGGCUCAG